AUGGGACACGUCUACUACCACCACCAUGUCGACCAACGCAUGGAUCACGUCCUGCCCGCGCCCGCGACGCCCAUGUACCCGUCGUACCUGUCAAGUAAUCCCCAAAUGACUAAAGGCUACGUCAACCCAGACGUGGAUCUUGGCCCAUUGGUGCACAUCGAAGGGUUCCAAUGCUUUGACGCGAGCCAGCUCGAGCCGAUUCCGUUCUCGUCGUCGUCGUACACCGUAACCGGCACCGGCCAGUACGAAUUCGAGGCGCUGUCCCUCGAAUGUGCACAGGACUUUUGGUUUGACACGACCGUCGAUGUCAAACCGUCGCUUGCUGCACUCUACGGGGACGGCAUCGACGUUGUCCAGAUCCCCACGACAGAACGCCCAGGUCAGUGUUUCGCCGACGGUUGCGUGAAAACGAUUUCGUACCGUGGCUAUUGCAAAGACCACGGCGGCGUUCGACUGUGCAGUGUCGUCGGGUGCCCGAAAGGCAACCAGGGCAAGCGUUUGUGCAUCAGUCACGGCGGUGGCAAGCGAUGCAGCAUCCUUGAUUGCGAGAAGAGCGCCCAGUCGCACGGGUUGUGCAAGGCCCACGGUGGCGGCGCCCGAUGCACCGUCGUCGACUGCAACAAGAGUUCCCAAGGCGGUGGUCUGUGUAGAAGGCACGGCGGAGGCCGACGCUGCUCGGUCCCUGGUUGCUCCAGCGGUGCCCAGCGUGCUAAUUUGUGUGCCAAGCACGGGGGUUCGCGCUUGUGUGGAGUGGCCGAUUGUGGCCGAACAGACCGCGGCGGCGGACUAUGCGAGAACCAUCGCAAGGACUUGGUGUGCAAGGAAGGAGGGUGCAACCGCCUUGCAAUCCAAGAGAGUGCAGACGGGCUGUGCUUGCGCCACAUGCGUCGGCAAAAGUGAACGGAAGACGCGGGCAGGCGAAUCAGAAAACGAAAUAGAUGUGUUUCAGCGUGGCGUAAACGUUAACUUAAUUGAUGUUGGU